CGCUCAGUCUAACUCCAGCUCAGGGCCAAAGCAUGGGAUGGGAAGACAGAAAGAUCUACUAUUUGGCCUUGAUGAGCCGCGGGUCUUGAGUGGGCGCAUAUUAAACACUAAGUUCGGGCUCUAGCGCGCGCCAUGAACCAGAUUCUUGUCCUUUAGUGACUACUCAAGCUGAUAGAAGGUUGCCCCGGACUCAAGGAUUUCCUUACAUUAAGAGCUCAUGUUGGUUGGCGUGGGACCUCGUGGGACCGCCCGACUGAUUGGGGAGCGCCACCUGAUGCAGUCAAUCGCCACAAGGGAGCGUCUGGGUGGCCGUAACCGAGCCCAAGACGUCCGGGUCCUGAGAAGCGGAAGGCGGCGUCACGACCGGCUUGGUGGUGUCCCCCGCAGCGUGAAGGCACGCAAGACGUGGCAAAAUGGCAGUGCAUGAGGAGGUCCAAGUUUCCCCGGCAGCAGUUGGGCUGGACUUUCACUAUUUCUCCCUUCGUGCUCGUACAUGUCAGCCCCCGCACCGCGCCUAGACCGUGGAGUUUGGGGAAUGGAGGAUAGCUAUGGUAGAAGGCUAGUAAAUAGUGACAGCCACGGCAAGACAAGAGUCAUACUGACAGCUUGGCAACUAUACCGGUGUCACAACUUUGGCAUUGGUUGGCUUGGAACGGUUGGUAUUGCUCGAAUGACGGGGAUUACUGGAAAGGUCCUCCACAGGGCAGAACUUAUCUUCGACACGUAU